CCUCAGCAUUCUCUCUCUCUCCUCCUUUCUGCUCUGGGUUGUAGCUCCUCCUCCUUCGGGUUGCUCUCCGAGAGGCGGUGGCGGUGGCGGUGGCGGUGGCGACGUCGGCGUGAAAAGCUCGACCUCGCGUCGCCGGGCGACAUUCGCGUCCGAUUCAAGCUCUUUCGUCUUUCACCUCCGCCUCUCCCUCUUUCUCCCUCUCCCUAUCUCGCCCGCGUCAUUCGGUCCGUCCCCAGAGGCCAAAGCUCGCUCUUUUCGCCGCCGCGCACAUCUCAAGAGACGAAUUGGGCAGGACGACAAAUAGGUUACAUUGAUCCAUUGCUGUGAAGAUGUCUAUCUUUGUUUCAAGCACUAUCUGCUCCACUUCUCAACUACCAACGGAUGCUAGGUUACAGGAACGAACUAAGAUCAUGAGACACUCCCCCGUGGAGCUUGGUUUGCAAUCUAAACAUCUUUCUGCCCUAAGGGGAAAAGUUAAGGUCAUUGCUUCAAGUCCAGCAGGAUUGGGGAUACAACUACAACCCAUCAAUAGAAGGAGAUAUGUCAUGCCUUCAAUUGGAAGAUCCACUUCGGCCAUAUGUUUUGCAGCUUUGAAUGCAAGAUGUGGCGCAGAGCAAACCCAGACUAUUACGCACAAAGCUCCGACAAUUACCCAAGCGCCUACUCACAUUCAGGAAAAGUCGCCACAACUCGACGACGGCGGUACAGGUUUCCCGCCUCGCGAUGACGGUGAUGGUGGAGGUGGUGGGGGUGGCGGCGGUGGCAACUGGUCGGGUGGAUUCUUCUUUUUCGGCUUCCUUGCAUUCCUAGGCUUUUUGAAGGAUAAAGAAAGUGAAGGGGACUACAGGGAUAGCGGCAGGAGAAGAUAAAACGAGUGUGAUGAGACUGUAAGUCAAUAGUUUGAUACCCUAAUACAAGUUGCUCUUCCUAUUUCAAUUUUUUUUUCGUGUGUAGCUAUUAUUUGUAGGAUUUAUUUUCUCCUGGCUUAAACACAUUAUGCAGAGCAUGGUUCUUUUACCGAGUAAUAGCGCAGAAAUAAUGCAAAGUGACAUGUACUUGCUUUUGUUGGUUCUCUCUAAAUUCUGUGGGAAAAUUUACCCACUUGAACUCUACACAAUACUUUGGUUGUGGAUCAGUUGAGGAGUGAGUAAAUGUCAGGAUUGCUGGAA